AUGAAGAUCGCAGGGUUCUUGCUUGUUGUUGCGCUUGUCAGCUCUUCGGCCGCGGCGAAGUCAAAUAGCACCGCGCCAUCUGAGGUGCCAUACUACGGAAGAAGUCCGCCAGUGUACCCAUCUCCCAUUGGUAAUGGCUCAAGCAAUUCUGGUUGGGCCGCUGCCUAUCGCCAUGCCAGAGCAUUGGUCUCCCAACUCACGGUCGAAGAGAAGGCGAAUAUCACUCGAGGGUGGACAGGGACAUGCGUAGGGAAUUCCGGCGAAGUUCCUAGACUCGGAAUCCCGGCACUGUGCUUUGCUGAUGCACCAGACGGAGUCCGCGGUCAGGAAUUCGUUUCCGCAUUCCCGGCCGGAAUCCACGUUGCUGCUACCUUUGACAAAGCCCUGUUAUACAAGUAUGGCAAGGCACUGGGCGACGAGUACUACGGAAAAGGUAUCAACGUCGCUUUAGGGCCGGCUGCUGGCCCUCUCGGGAGGGUUGCUCGUGGUGGGCGCAACUGGGAGGGACUGUCAAGUGACCCUUACCUUGCAGGCGUUGGCAUGGGCGCAAUUACGCGCGGCAUCCAGAAUGCCGGCGUUAUCGCCACUGCCAAACAUUGGCUCUUGAAUGAGCAAGAGUAUCGGCGUCGGGUAUCCGACCUGGGAGAGGCGAUCAGUUCAAACGUAGACGACAGAGCACUACACGAACUCUACGUUUGGCCCUUCAUGAACUCUCUCAAGGAGGGUGCUGCCUCGGUCAUGUGCUCGUACCAGAGAUCCAAUCACUCUUACGGCUGCCAGAACUCUAAACUCUUGAACGGCAUAUUGAAGACCGAGCUCGGCUUCGAAGGUUUUGUUGUUAGCGAUUGGGAAGGCCAAAUGGGCGGUGUUGCCUCAGCCAACGCCGGGUUGGACUUGGUGAUGCCGGACGAGGGGUUCUGGGGGGACAAGCUGAUCGAGGCUGUCAACAAUGGUUCUGUAACCGAAGAUCGACUAUCCGACAUGGCCACGAGGAUCCUCGCUGGUUAUCACUUCCUUCAUCAAGAGCAUGCCUUCCCUGCUCCAGCAGUGCACUCGAAUCUGCAAAAGGCUUACCCAGUCGAUGUUCAGGAUGAUCACGCUUCUUUGAUCCGUCAAAUCGGAGCAGCCGGCACAGUCUUGGUAAAGAACACCAAUCAUACGCUUCCGCUCAAGAAUCCCAAGUUCCUGUCUAUCUAUGGUUACGACGCAACGGUCAAGGCGAUCCCUUGGGAGAACCCAAGUCGCUAUGGCGGCGGUUACGAAGUCAACUUCGGCUGGGAAACAUUCAAUGGGACACUGAUCACCGGUGGUGGCUCUGGCGGCAGUACUCCCCCAUAUGUGGUCUCACCAUUCCAGGCGAUCCAAGAGCGAAUUUCCAAGAAUCGAGGCAUCCUACGAUGGAACUUCUACUCUGAAAACCCCUCUCCACCCUACGUCAACUCUGAAGCCUGCCUUGUUUUUAUCAACGCGUAUGCCUCUGAGAGCUUUGAUCGCCUGAGCCUCACGGAUGAAUUCAGCGACAACCUUGUGCAGAACGUAGCCGCAAACUGUUCAAAUACUGUAGUCAUGAUUCACUCGGCCGGCAUUCGCACUGUUGAUGCGUGGAUCGAACACCCUAACGUCACUGCUCUGCCUUUCACUAUUGCUCGGCAGGAGUCGGACUAUGGCAGCCAUCUGAACUCCAGUGCCUCGGAUGACUUCUUCCCUGACAGUAACUUCACCGAAGGCCUGUACAUCGAUUACCGUUACUUCGAUGCACACAAUAUCACUCCCCGCUAUGAGUUUGGCUUUGGCCUCUCAUAUACCACUUUCAGCUUUGCUGACUUGUCCGUUGAGCUCACGGCUGACGCGGAUACAUCAGAGUACCCCGAUCCCAAUGUGUCGAUCGUGCAGGGUGGCCAUCCAUCACUGUGGGAAACCGUUGCAGUUGCAAAGGUGUCGCUCACUAAUACCGGUGACGUGGAUGGAGCAGAGGUUGCACAGCUGUACAUCGGAGUUCCGGGUGACGACACGCCUAUUCGACAGCUUCGCGGCUUCUCCCGCGUCUUUCUUUCAAGUGGGCAGACGCAGUCGGUCGCCUUUGAACUCACCAGACGUGAUCUUAGCAUCUGGGAUGUCGAAGCUCAGCAAUGGCGUUUACGCCGAGGAACUUAUAACGUGUGGUCUGGAUCAUCGAGCAGAAAUCUGGUUCUGCAGAACACUAUUGAGAUUAAGUAG